AUGUCUACCUCGAUCACCACAGACAUUAGCAACUAUGCGGCCCAGGGACAUGGUGACCUAAGCCAUAGUAUGAAAGCCUUGACGUGGCAAGGGAAGAACUCGGUUAAAGUUGUGGAGACCGCUUGCCCGACGAUCAUCGAUGAAGGUGAUGUCAUACUUAAAGUGACAGGGAGCACUAUUUGCGGGAGUGACUUACACCUGUUCCACGAGGCCAUCCCUGAUCUCCAGAAAGGUGAUAUACUCGGCCACGAGUUCUGCGGUAUUGUAUCAAGUGUAGGACCGGCAGUUAAGAAGGUUAAAGUGGGCGACCGCACUGUGGCAUCCUUCCAAAUUGCCUGUGGGGAGUGUUAUUAUUGCAAGAAGAAGUUGUCCUCAAUGUGUGAGCGGACGAAUUCGAAUGAGCAAGCCUGUAAGCUGUAUGGACGUCGAACAGCUGGUAUGUUUCCUCCAAACGGCUACGCUGAUAUCAGUGAGGCUACUAUACUAAAGCCAGUCUCAGGUAUGUUUGGAUACUCCCACUUCACCGGGGGCUUUGCCGGUGGGCAAGCGGAAUAUGUUCGCGUCCCUUACGGUGAUGUGAACCUCCUUCCAUUACCUGACGAUGUUCCCGAUGAGAAAGGUCUCUACCUUUCCGAUGUGCUGGGAACAUCUUGGAACGCCGUUGUUGACACUGGGGUUGAAGAGGGAGACACCGUGGCAAUCUGGGGUGCUGGCCCAGUUGGACAGAUGGCCGCUGAAUUCAGCUUCUUCAAUGGUGCUAACAGAGUUAUACUAAUCGACGGUGGCCUCGGAAAAUGGCGACUGGACUUCGUCAAGAAGAUUCUACCCCGGCUCGAGACAAUUGAGUAUACGAAUCUUCCCGAAGGGGGAUCUGUUACCUCAACUCUGAAGAAGAUGUGUGAAGGCCGUGGACCCGAUGUGGCGAUUGAGUGUGCUGCUGGUGAGUAUACGAAAGGAUGGGUUCAUUAUUUUGAAAGAUUGCUGGGCAUGGAAACGGAUACGUCUGAGAUCGUUAAUGAGAUGAUUACCUCUGUCCGUGGGUUUGGACGUUGUGGAAUCACAGGUGUAUAUACCGGUUUUUGCAAUCACUUCAACAUCGGUUCCUUGAUGGAGACCGGGAUUCAUCUCGCUGGCAAUGGACAAGCGCCUGUGCAGAAAUACUGGAAGGACCUCUUGAGUUAUAUACAGCAGGACCGGAUUCAUCCCCUACACAUGGUAACCCACCGGUUCAAGCUUGAGGACAUGGAGACAGUCUAUGAUUUAUUCAAUAAGCGUGACCCGGGCAUGCAGAAGAUUUUCGUUGAGACAAAGUUUUCCGCUCCACCAGCACCAGGAUCUCCGGCUUUGACAAUCCUUUGA